CUUGACGACCCCUGCACUAUCCUCUGGUCCACGAUAACGUCUCAGUCGCGCCUGCGCUGAGGUUUCGGCGCCAUUCAUUAUAGUUAAUAAUUAAUAGUAAGUGAGUGAGUGCGUGAGGAUUUGAUUAAGAAUCCACAAUGGAGGUUGAAGCCAGCGCGUCGCACGCCGCUCCAAUCCUGGAGACAGGGAACGGGGACGUCAAGAUGCUCAAACGAAUGGAGACUGUUCCUGACAUCAAGAGAGACACGGCAGGGAUCACUACACAAUACAUCGCGACUGGCAUAGUGAAUCUCGGAGCCUUCGCCGCCGGAGUCUGCGUGGCCUGGUCAUCAUCAGCACUGCCCCUUCUCACCAGUUCCUCGGGGGUGGAACCGAGCGAAAUGCGAGUGGAACAAACUUUGCCGACCAACGGAACUGAAACCAGACUUGAGCUAACAGAGUCCGAGGCAUCCUGGGUGGCUUCCCUGCUAUGCCUGGGCGCAGUCUUUGGCUCCAUCCCUGCUGGACUCAUAUCUGAGUACUUCGGAAGGAAGAAGACUCUGCUGUACCUCGCACUGCCACUGCUUGUGUCCUGGAUCAUGGUUGGCUCAAGUCCGAACGUGUACGGUUUGUACGUGGGGCGGUUCGUGGGCGGAGUAGCCGUGGGUGCCUUCAGUGUGGCCAUUCCGCCCUACGUGGCCGAUAUCGCUGAGAAGCAUCUCUGGCCCACGCUGGCCAAUUUCUACCAUGUGCACUUCUCCUGUGGAAUACUGUUUGGAUAUAUCAUUGGUAUGGUGCAAAGUACAACCUGGCUCUCCAUCCUCUGCGCCAGCAUCCCAACCGCGUUCUUCAUCGCCUUCAUCUUCCUCCCCGAGUCUCCUGCCUACUACAUGUCCCAGGGAAAGAACGCCGAGGCCAAAGCUGCCAUGAGAUACUUCCGAGGCAUUGACAAUGACAUCGACGCAGAACUCAAAGCGCUGAAAGAACAAAUCAGAAACUAUGCGAGGAACAGAGUGACAUUCAAACAACUCUUCCAAACGAGAUCGACUUUGAAAGCACUGUUUGUCUCUUUUGGCCUCAUGAUCUUUCAACAGAUGAGCGGCAUAUACCCUGUCCUUUUCUAUACAGAGAAGAUCUUCAAGGAUUUCUCAAUCUCCCUAAAUCCGCCAGGAGCAGCGAUAAUUCUAGGAUUCUGCUUGGUUUCUUCAACAUAUUUCUCAACUAUGCUCCUCAGGUCAUUUAGACGAAGAGUAUUGUUAAUGAUUUCUUUCAUGACUAUGGCUCUCAGCUUGGGUUCCUUAGCAAUCUAUUACCAUAUGAACGCUGGAAGAAUUCAAGAUAGCAGCACAUGGGUACCUCUUUUCACUCUCUGCAUUUACGUGAUCGUGUAUGCCAUGGGUGCUGGACCUAUUCCUUGGUUAAUGAUGAGAGAAAUCUUCCCUGCUAAUGUGACUAGGAGAGCAUCAGCGAUAACAGCUGGUUUCCAUUGGUUCCUGGCCUUCGGUGUCACAAAGCUGUACCAGAAUUUAGUCGCUAAUGUAAAGACUGGUUGGACAUUAUGGCAUUUUGCGGUUACUUGCAUAGUUGGAACUAUCUUUGUUUAUUUCUUCGUUCCUGAAACGAAAGGGAAGACGUUAGAGGAGAUUCAACAGGCGUUUGAUGGGAUACAGAAGAAGAAGAAGCAUAUACAUGUUAUAGAAGUAGAGAGCUUGUCAGAUGCUGAAGCUGUUUAAGACUUAUCUCAGAAAAAAGUUACGGCAAACAAACUUUAAUUAGGAAUGCAGAUGAUAUAUUGGAUUUAUACGAUCCAUUUAAUUUUAAAGAUUUUAAACUUUUUAUCUGUGUUGUCAUACCUGAAAAUUCUCAGUUAACAGAUGGUAUACGAUAGAUUUAGGAACACUGGUUUUUAUUGUAUAAUUAUUUAGUUUAAAGAAUGUCAAACGUCGAGGAUUGAUGAAGAAUGUUGUAUGGUUCGAUCUGAACAUUAUGUACCAAAGUAGUAUUUCGUUUUAAGAAAUACUUUUACUACUUAAUAAUAGUUCGGAAAUCCAACUACUUAAAUGUUUGGAGGAGUAAAUAGAGAGCAGAGUAGGCCCAGGCCUACGGAGACAAAAGAGGGGGCAGCAAGGCGGCUAAAAUGAUGGGUGCUGAGAAAGGGCCGGCUUGUAGUUACUACUGGGGCCUAAGGAGGCUAACACUGCAAAUUCGCCACUGAAUUAAUUUGUAAACGAUAAUUGUUUGAAUAUGUUUGAAGCCUUACGAUAUCUUAGGAAACCAGAGUUACUUCAUUUCCAUAAAACCUUACAAGCAUCAAUUAGUUAAUUAACGUUUUAUCCCUUACUUAUAAAUGUACAAGUCAAAACUACAGAUUAAACUAAAGAAUUAAUAGCGAAUUGAGGCUUGUAAUGAGUGUAUGAAUAAUAUUAUAUUAUAACUAUGAGUUUGGAUUACAUGAUAAGAUCGAGUUUUUAACAAGAAUGAUGGAUGCAAGUUACAGUAGUUUUUUUUUCAUUAGUUAGAAUUAGAUAAGUUUUAUUAAGUUAUUUUACUUAUUUCAUUAAAUUAUUGUAUGGGCUGCAGUGUAGCUACUAUUAGCUAGCCCAUAGGUAUACGUCUACGUAUGUAUUUAUUUUAUUGAAUCGUAAAUAAAGUAGUUUUAAUGUCUGA